AUGAAGCUCACCGCCGCCUUCGCGAGUCUCCUUGCCACCCUCGCCGCCACAGCCCCUACCCAUCAGGACGACGACCCCGUCGUUGUGUUCGGCAUAUCCGACCCCCUGCUGACACUUUUGACAGCCAGCAACGGCAUCGUGACAAACGUCUUCAUAUACUCUCCAGGCAACAAUCCCGCGCGCUGCGCGUUUCUCGAGCCAGAGCCCAGGAGACAGGGUCUCGGUGCGGUCUCGAUCAUUCAUGCGACGACUAUCGAGCUAAGUCCGCCGGAAGAAGUGGGCUUCGUGCAAUGCAACAGGACGUAA